AUGCAGCGAGUUUUCACCCUUGGCAUUUGUGCCAUGGAAAGCAAAGUGGAAAGCGCUCCUAUGCAAUCGAUACUUAAACUACUAGAAGAUACCGGAGAUUUCAAAAUUAUCGUAUUUCCAGAAAAGAUCAUUCUAAAUGAGCCCGUUUCCGAAUGGCCGAUCGUUGAAUGCCUUAUUGCCUUCUACUCCUUUAAAUUUCCUCUGGAAAAGGCAAUCGAGUAUGUGAAACUUCACAGGCCAGUUGUUCUAAAUGACCUAGAAAAACAAAGGGUAUUCCGAUCAAGAGUUGAUGUGUAUCGCGAAUUACAGGCAUGUAGAAUACCUCAUCCAAACUAUGUGCUUGUUGAUCAUGAUGCCGUCAAACAAGGGUUACAUGUUUUUGAGGAGCAUUAUGAUUAUAUUGUUUACGAUAAUGUGAGAAUAAAUAAGCCGUUUAUUGAAAAACCUGUCGAUGCGGAUAAUCAUAACAAUUGGAUAUAUUAUCCUAGAAAUGCUGGUGGAGGUUGUAAAAAGCUAUUCAGAAAGGUUCAGGACAGAAGCAGUAAAUAUUGUGCGGAUAUACACAAUGUUAGACGCAAUGGGUCAUAUAUAUAUGAGGAGUUUAUGUCUACAUUUGGGACUGAUAUCAAAGUUUAUGCUGUAGGGUGUAUGUUUGCCCAUGCUGAGGCCAGAAAAUCGCCUGCACUUGAUGGUAAAGUUAGUAGGUAUGCGGAUGGAAAGGAAGUCAGGUACCCUGUAAUAUUGACAAGUAAGGAAAAGACCAUAGCUUAUCGUAUUGUUGAUCACUUUGGGCAAACAGUUUGCGGUUUUGAUAUAUUAAGAACCAUAGAUGGACCGUAUGUAUGUGAUGUAAACGGAUGGUCAUUUGUUAAGCGUAACAAAAAAUAUCAUAUGGACUGUAGUCAUAUUAUUCGCAUCAUGUUUCUAUUGAAAUUGGAAGCAAAAUAUAAUAUAAUCCUAAGAAAUGUAAUACCUGCCAGAUUUGUUGCCGAUGAAACAGCUGAAGCACUGAGAAAAACAUUCGCUGACGUAGCCCAUAGAUACAAGGGAAAUGAUACACAUGAAGAAUUGUGUUCUGUAAUUGUUAUUAUGAGGCAUGGUGAUAGAAAACCCAAGCAAAAGCUAAAGUUUGUAACAGAAAAUCCAAAAAUUACCUCAUAUUUUAAUAAUCGCCAAGAUGAACCACAGAUUAAGCUUAAAUCACCAGAAGAAAUGAGCCACAUUGCUGAAGUUAAUUCAAGCAUUAUUGCUGAGCUAGAAUCAAAAAUUGGUGUAUUAACUAACUACUCAUAUAAACCUGGAAGUUUACUAAAAAACAACUCUUUCUACUCAAAUCCGGAUGUUAAGAAGCUCUUAGAUGAAUUGUCCAAUCACAAAGAAUUUGAUAAAAUGCUAAAGCUUGAUGACGGCUUCUCUGGUAUUAAUAGGAAAGUGCAACUGAAGGUUGCAAGCUUAGAUGAAACGUGUGUAAAACAGGUUCUUAUUGUUGCAAAGUGGGGAGGUGAAUUGACAUCUGUAGGCCAAUCUCAGGCUGAAGAUUUGGGAAGACGCUUGCGUCAAAGUUUAUAUCCCACUGAUUCCAGCGGUCUCAUUAGGUUGCACAGUACAUAUAGGCAUGACUUCAAAAUAUUUAGUUCUGAUGAGGGGAGAUGUCAAAUUACAAGCGCUGCAUUUACAAAAGGCAUAUUGGAAUUGGAAGGAGAACUGACACCUAUAUUAGUAGCAAUGACAAUUAGAAAUAAAAAGGCACAUACUCUUCUCAACGAUAAUGCCCAAAUUGAGGAAAGGACGCAGUGCAAGAAUAGACUCAGCACUAUCCUGAAAAAUUGGGAUAACAAAGAGAGGCUGGAAGAAAUACUAUCCCAAAUUGAAGAAAAUGGAGGUCAAUAUUAUAAAUCUGCUCUAGAGGAGAUUGAUUUUCACAUGUCAGACUUAGAAAGGCUCUAUUCUCAUAUAACAGAUUUUAUAUGUGCUAUAAAGCGCGAAAUUAAAAUGUGGAUGACCCUCUAUUCUGUCGAUGAAUAUGCCAGUAAUGUAGUUGGAACAUUGUAUAGUAUUCACUUUAGAUGGAAAAAUCUCCUAGAUAAAUUCAAAAGACCCGAUGAUCCUACCUUUGACUUCACAAAAUUGGCUGAUAUUGUAGACAAUGUUCGUUAUGAUCUAAUCCAUCAUCAUUUUUUACUAGGGCACGGAUUAGAUGUUGCUUUUGAACUUUAUAACAUUGUUCAACGUCUAUCAUCUGUCAUAUCCCCUUCUGAAUACGGAGUGACUCCCCAGGAAAAGCUAAAAAUUGGUGUUAAAAUUGCUUGGAGGCUAUUGGAAAAAAUAUUUCACGAUGUUACAUUUCACAAAAUUUAUGAAGAUGAUGUAAAUAGGGAAAAUGAUUUGCAUCGUAAUAGGGAUUUGCUCUACGCUACAUUAGUUGCGCCAAACACUAUUUCUAAAAGCAAAGAUAUUGUCAGAGAUAAAAUUAACUCAAUUAUUGAAGGUAGUUGUAAUACUCAAAACCUCACGGAAUAUAGCAAAAUAGAGCUAUCUGGAAAUAAUACCCCAAUUAUUUCAAACAUUAAUUAUGAGCCUACUGGCGCAAUAUCUUCUGUUGCCGCAGCUUCUGCCAGUGCUGCAUCAGUAGCUGCAACUUGCCUCGCAUUAUCAAACGUUGGAAUAAAUAAUUCUGGAUUUUUUAAGGGCAGCGAUAAGGCAUGCUGUAUAGGUGGAAUCAAACCAAGUGAAAUGUUUUUGUGUUCAUCAGAAUCCAGAAUUGAAAAGUUAUGGAAUGAGCUAGAAGGAGAAAAGACAAACGCUCCUUGUGUAAUAAAUUCGUCUGCAUUGUGGGCCCAUUCUAACUUGGAACGCGCUGAUUCAAGAAGUGAUAUAACUCAAGGGGGUGCUAUGGCUGCUACAGAUGAUGGAAAUUUGGUUCGUUUAGAAGCAGAUGAAGCUGCAAAAUUGGGAAUUAGGUCCCCGUAUCGUAUAGUUAGAUCGAGGUAUUACGUGACUUCUGCAUCUCACUUAUUCGCGAUAUUCAACUUUUUUAAAUAUGCUCACUAUUUGGAUUCUGGUGAAGCUGAUAAUACCCCAAGUGGAGUUGAUGACAUAAAAGACCUGCACUAUCUGUCACACAUUGUUCUGAGGGUUUGGCGUAGUGAAGACAAAGAGAACAACUACGUGCAUAGAUUGGAGAUUUUGGUAAGUUCUGGAGCGAAAGAUGGCUUUGGUCAGAACUACGAACUGCUUACAAAAAAUGCAAAAUCACAAAAAUAUAAAUAUAAACGACACAUACAGAGGUUUAAAAUUAAUACAACCCAGUGUCAAUUACUUUGCAAGAGAUGUCGUUCCUCAGUUAAUUAUAGUUGUUUAAACGAUCAGAUUUUGCACACGAAUGAUUUAAUUCCUCAUGACUCCAGUAAAAACAAUCUCAAAAGAAGUUCAUCUGAUGGAUUUCUCCUGAAGGAUUGCUCCACCUAUUCUGAAUUAUCCACAAAAAAUGAUCCGUUAUGUGAUAAUACACUCGAAGCAGAAUCAAAAUAUAAGUCCAAGGAGUAUUUAUGUGAGCAAUGCUUUAGAAGUGCAGUUCUCUCUAAUAACUCAUCAGUUGAUUUUGUAAAUGAUAUUUCCACAGCUGAAAGCGCAGCGGAAAUGCUAACCCCCGUGACUACUCGCAAUCUAGUGGGCAACUCCAAAAAUUUGCGUCAAGGAAGCAAUACAUUAAUUAGUAGAGACAAUGACGGGAACAUUGGAACAGCUACGAACCUAGAACAGUUUUGUGUGCCACCAUACUGCGAACUGAGCAGUUUGGUUGUUAUGGAUCAUGACUUCGAGCUGACUAAAUUUGAAAAUUAUCUCACAAAGGCAUUUGACAAAAUCAUGAAUAUGGAAAUAAGUUUAUGA